GUGUCAGCUCAGCUCCCUGUGCUCAGUAUGAUAAGGCAGAAAUAUUAACUCUGGCUCCAGAUAGUGGGUGCUCCAUUCCAAAACCAGGGAGCGAAGCUGAUUUUAGCUCUUCAAGCAGCACAGGCAGUAUUUCAGCUCCUGAGGUCCAUAUGUCUGCUGCUGGGAGCAAAAGAUCCUCAUUCACUCGCAAUCGUGGCCCUUAUGGACGGAACAAUGGAACUUCAUCCUACAAGACGGGAGGCAGCCUGCCCACUUCUCGUGAGAAGGACCUUUUGUCAAUGCUGGGCAGAAAUCAGUUGAGUCCUGUUAACAUCCAUCAGAAUUGUGGGGCUUCCUCAGCCAGUAGCAGUAAUUCAGGUUCAUACAAAGGAAGUGACAGCAGUCCUGUUAUGAGACGAUCACCAAGAUACACAUCUUGUGGUGAGAAUCAUGGCGUGAAGGCACCAAAUCCCGAACAGUAUUUGACUCCCCUGCAACAGAAAGAAGUUACAGUGAGACACCUAAAAACAAAACUGAAGGAAUCAGAGAGCAAGCUUCAAGAAAGGGAAACAGAAAUAGAGGAGCUCAAGUCUCAGCUGGCACGCAUGCGGGAAGACUGGAUUGAAGAAGAGUGCCAUCGUGUGGAAGCACAGUUGGCUUUGAAGGAGGCAAGAAAAGAGAUCAAGCAACUCAAGCAGGUUAUUGAGACUAUGAAAAAUAGCUUAGCUGAGAAGGACAAAGGGAUUCAAAAAUAUUUCAUAGAUAUAAAUAUCCAAAACAAGAAACUUGAAUCCUUGCUUCAUAGCAUGGAGAUGGCUCAGAAUGGUUCUUUGAGGGAUGAGCAGGGUCUAGAGUACAUGUGCGGGUCACCCAGUAAGUCUUUAACAGCAUAUUCCAAAAUGGCAGACAGCCUAGUAAUGGAGGACCAAGCCACAGAGGAGACGGCAGACAGUGGAGUGUUGCUCAAUGAUGACAUCUCCACUGGGACUGACUUAUUUGAAGAGAUUAUGACCACGACUGCACAUGAAUCUGGUGAUCAGGACCUCUACAGCUACACUGCCAGACCUUCUACCAUAUGCCAAAAUGCAUUUGAAAGUGUUCCUGAUGAAGUAGCGUUCUCCCAGGAAGAGGAAAGUGAUGACACUGUGGUGAUGGAACAGGCCAUUCAGACUGAUGUGGUGCCAUACAGCCCAGAUAUGGAGCAGCUCAUUCAAAACAUACUUAGAUCACAAGACAUCAGUCCUGUGAGCCCAUCUUCUCCUCUGAAGGAGUGGGAUGGAUUUCCUGCUGCAUGUUUCAGUGACUCCAGUCUGGUAGUGGACUUAACUCCAAGUGAUCCAAAUUCUGCCAUCCUUUUGUCUCCCACAGAGCCUUUGUUCUGUAAGGUGGAUUAUGGAGUUAAUGAAAACCAUUUCAUGAAGGAACUUGAUUUUAGAGCCUCUCAUGAUGAGGCAUUCAGAUAUGUCAGUACUGUCCCUCAGGCAGGCGUUAUGAAGAGGUACUGGAGCACCAGUUUCCUCAUAGAUCUUUUGGCUGUAGCAGCCCCUGUUGUACCAACUGUAAUGUGGGUGUUCAGUACUCAGAGAGGAGGAACAGAUCCCAUCUACAAUAUCGGAGCUUUGCUUCGUGGCUGUUGCCUGAUGGCACUACACACCCUUCGUCGUACGCCCUUCACUAUCAAAACAUAAACUUCACUGUCCCUUAUGGGGUGCCAAUUAGUUGGGCUGGUGGAUGGAAGAGAAUCAUAAUAUACCAGAAGAGAUAUUGUAUGUAAAAGGCAAAGUCUGUCAUUUUGCUCUUGCCUCUUUGAUUUGCACUAUAAUUAGUUAAACACAUGUUCAUAAAGGUUGUUUGAAAGUGAAGGAUGACUAGAUGGCAUUAAGACUUGUUUCCACUAAGUGUAUCACACAUGUAUUUUACAAAGCAUGCUAAUGCUUUCCAUGUAGUCUGAAGCAUCAAUUCUUAUAAAGAAAAAACCAAUCAUACUUCCAAGACAGCUUCUGGCAUGUAUUGUAUUGCUCGUCUUGCAUAGUGCUCUCUUAAAAUACGUAACUGCCCAAGCAUUCCACUGGUCUUGUGUACAAGGGACUGUAACCAAAAAUGUGUUGUGUAGGUUGAGAGUCUCGGAUCUUGUUAUGUUUGAUAAACAUGGGUGUGGAUACACUUUAUGAAUAUUGUUGUUUUAAAGUCUUAAGCAAAUUCUUAUUGGAAUGUGCUAGUCAUCAAGCCCUGUGAAAUACUGUUUAUAAUGUAUUGUGUAUUAACUUAUUUUUUUGUUUGUGUUUUAUUGGAAAUAACCUUUAUAAUCACAAUUACAGUAAAGCAUGUUGAAAAUAUGAA